AUGCUGAGGGGCCACAGUCCCAGAAGUAACUUCGUCUGCCGCUCCAAAGUAAGUGGGCCGAGACCGAGCCAUGGAGGGCCAGAGUGUGGAAGAGCUCCUGGCCAAGGCAGAGCGGGACGAGGCAGAGAAGCUGCAGCGCAUUACUGUGCACAAGGAGAUAGAGCUAGAGUUCGAUCUAGGCAACCUGCUGGCUGCGGACCGGAACCCCCCAACGGGACUGCGGUGUGCGGGACCUACGCCGGAGGCCGAGCUGCGGGCCCUGGCGCGGGACAACACGCAGCUGCUCAUCAACCAGCUGUGGCAGCUGCCCACGGAGCGCGUGGAAGAGGCUGUGGUGGCGCGGCUGCCUGAGCCCACUACGCGCCUGCCGCGGGAGAAGCCGGUUCCCCGGCCGCGGCCGCUUACUCGCUGGCAGCAGUUCGCGCGCCUCAAGGGCAUCCGUCCGAAAAAGAAGACCAAUCUGGUGUGGGACGAGGUGAGCGGCCAGUGGCGGCGGCGCUGGGGCUACCAGCGCGCCGGAGACAACACCAAGGAAUGGCUGAUUGAAGUGCCAGAUAGUGCCGACCCCUUGGAGGACCAGUUCGCCAAGCGGAUUCAGGCCAAGAAGGAACGAGUGGCCAAGAACGAGCUGAACAGGCUGCGGAACCUUGCCCGCGCGCAUAAGAUGCAGCAUCCCAGCGCGGCUGGCCUGCACCCUACCGGACACCAGAGUAAGGAGGAGCUGGGCCGCGCCAUGCAGGUGGCCAAGGUCUCCACUGCCUCUGUAGGGCGCUUCCAGGAGAACCUGCCCAAGGAGAAGGCGCCCCGGGGCUCCGGCAAAAAGAGAAAGUUUCAGCCCCUUUUCGGAGACUUUGCAGCCGAGAGAAAGAACCAGCUGGAGCUGCUUCGAGUCAUGAACAGCAAAAAACCUCGGCUGGAUGUGACGAGGGCCACCAAUAAGCAGUUGAGGGAGGAGGAACAAGAGGAGGCCGCCAAGAGGAGGAAAAUGAGCCAAAAGGGCAAAAGGAAAGGGGGACGGCAGGGUUCUGCAGGCAAGAGGAAAGGGGGACCACCCAGCCAGGGAGGGAAAAGGAAAGGAGGUUUAGGAGGUAAGAUGAAUUCCAGGCCGCCUGUCUUGGGCGGCAAGAGGAAGAGAGGACAGCACCAGGGAGGGAAGAGGAGGAAGUAAUAGUUUAACUUCUGACUAUAAAGCAAACAUUGUACGUAUGCUAAAUGUUAAAUUCUGUGAUCUGGAGGGGGAUGCAGGAAGACGUGGUCUCUGCCUUCAUUAACCUCCUCUCAAGAGAGUAUGUAAGAGUUGGGCAAAUAAGUUUUUCUCACACCCUGGACUUUGGCUGAAAAUUAAGGAUGUAUUGGAAGACUUAACAAUUGGGGAAAUAAUUUGCUCAGAGACUGGGAAUGAGUUUUUUUGACUUUGGAUAUGGGAUGAGGGAGGUUUGGUAAUACUUAAGAAAUUUACAAUAGAUUGAUUUAUACGCUUCUAGAUUAUUUUUAUAAUAAACUUGUGUAUUUAUCAAAGGGAGAGGAGAAAGACGACAACCAUUUUCAAAACUGGAUUGACAAGUAACUUCUAAAAGUUACUUAAUAAAAGUGUGUGUAGACCUUGUUGUACUUUUAACUUUUUAACUAUUGGUAGAAAUCGUUAAGAGAAGCCAGUGAACCUGGAUAUCUGGUACAGAUUGUUUACUUUCAAAAAAAAAAAAACACAAGCAGUUAAUGUAUG